AUGGCAUUUCAAACAAUCACCAUCACUUAUACCGACGGCAAAUAUCUCUCCCUAGUAGACGCAGCCUCGCGUACCCCACUCUACCAUGUCAAGGUUUGCCGUCAAGUGCCGCAGAUGGAAAUGAUUCGUCUGAGUCCUGCCCCAAGCGACGACACCAACCAAGCGUUUCCCCAGGAUGAGAACGCCUACUUUCAACGCCGGGUCUACACGGCAAAGUUCAAGAUGACAAGCCUCAACGUCCAACUUCAGAUCCGCGAGCACCGGGAUGUCUUGCUCAGCAGGAAAAGCAUCCUUUCCACGAGUUACUCAUUCACGUCUCCAGCAAUGUCUGCCACAAAUACCAUGAGCUCCUCGUCGUGGCCGGUCCUCACAUGGGAACCGGACCAGACGGGGAACAUGGGUGACUUUCGACUCGUCAACGAGGCAGAGAACGCGUCAGAUAGAAGGGUAAUGGUUCGUUUCCGGAACAAAGCGUUUUCCAAUGAGCAAGUGGGCACAUUUGAAGUAGACGCUGGAGUCGAUCAACUGGUCAAAGACGAAGCCGUGAUUUCCGGGCUGGCCAUGCUGUCAAUGGUGCAGAGCAUCAAUCUUGCCGACUCUCGCGUGCCAGGCGAUUUACAUGUCGACAAACACGACGACCUGGGCCCUGUCGACGUAGAUCUGUCCAGCAUAAGAGUCAAGGUGAAGGUCAAUAUGGAGAUGAUGGAGAUGAUGGACUCUACGGCAAUGCCGCGCCGUAGCAAGCUCAAGGUCUUCGCCAUCAUGGUGGCCCUUUCGCUCUCGAUGUUUGUCGCUGCUCUCGACCAGACGAUCAUGGCCACGGCGAUCCCAACAAUUGCUGCUAAGCUGCACUCGGCCGCGGGAUAUACCUGGAUUGGCGGUGCUUACCUUCUGGCCAACGCCGCUGGUGCUUGCAUCUGGGCCAAGCUCUCGGAUAUCUGGGGACGCAAGCCCAUCUUGCUCUUGGCCGUGGCUUGGUUCUUUGGUAGUUCGAUCAUUUGUGCUACAGCGGUGGAUAUGCCCAUGUUAAUCGCAGGACGGGCACUGCAAGGUGUUGCUGGAGGUGGCCUGCUUCAAUUGGUCACUAUUGUGAUUUCGGAUUUGUUCAGUGUCAGACACCGGAGUCUCUACCUCGGGUUGAUGGAGUUCAUGUGGGCGCUGGCCGGAGGAAUCGGUCCCCUUCUUGGUGGUGCGUUUUCCCAAUAUGUCUCCUGGAGAUGGAGUUAUUGGGUGAAUCUUCCUGUCUGCGGCCUUGCCUUUGUGCUGCUCUUACUAUUUCUCGACGUGCACAAUCCUAAGACGAAGAUGAUGGAUGGAGUCAGGGCUAUUGAUUGGUUUGGGAGUCUCUCGAUCCUCGGCCUGACGCUGAUGCUCCUCCUCGGCUUGGACUUUGGUGGUGAAACCUUCCCAUGGGAUUCGCCCAAGGUCAUUUGUCUGAUUGUUUUCGGAUCACUCUGUUCGUUGCUGUUCAUCUACAGCGAGAAGCGGUUGGCAAAGUACCCACUGAUGCCAAUGGGUCUCUUCGGCCAGCCCUCCAACGUUGCAACACUGGCAGUCGCAUUCGCCCAUGGCUUCGUUUUCAUCGCUGGCGAAUACUACGUCCCGCUAUACCUGCAAUCCGUCAAGGAAGCCUCGCCCAUGCGCUCUGGUGUCCUCGUCCUGCCCCUGGUUCUCUCCGAAGCUUUCGCUGGCAUCAUCACCGGAGCCAUCAUCCACCGCACCGGCCGCUAUCGCGAACUGAUCUGGCUGGGAAUGACAUUAUUGACCAUCGGCAAUGGACUCUACAUCCAUUUGGAUGCAUACUCAUCCUUGGGGCAAAUAGUCGGAUACCAAAUCCUCAGCGGCAUCGGCGCAGGAUUCCUCUUUGAGCCUCCCAUCAUCGCGAUCCAGGCGAUGGUCUCCCAGGACGAAACCGCCACUGCAACAGCUACCGUCGGCUUCAUCCGUAACCUGGCAACAUCGGCGUCCAUCGUCAUCGGCGGCGUGGUGUUUCAGAACUCGAUGAGCCGGAUGAGACCCACCUUGCUUGCUGCCGGGAUGUCAGAAACAUUAACGGAACAGAUGUCUGGAGACUCCGCAGCUGCGAAUAUUGAAAUCAUCAAGACCAUCCAGGAUGCAACUCAGCUGCUUGCUGUCAAGGAGGCAUUUGCUAGGAGUUUGAGGAACAUGUGGAUCUUGUAUACGUGCAUGUCUGCUCUAGGGAUUGUUGCGGGUGUGUUUAUUCUCAAGACCCGGCUGAACAAGGAGCAUGUGGAAACGAGGACGGGGCUGAGAUCGGAGAAAUCGGAAGCUGCAACUGUGCUUGAAAGACCUGCGGAUGAAUGUUGA